CCGUGAAACGUACUAUAGUUUGAAGUUUCACACUCGUGCGGUAUUGAUUAAUUUAUGUACCUAUAGUCUACAGAUGGGCGAUGGCGAAUGCCGGAUGCCCAAUUAAAUAUUAAUACAUUUCUCAAUUUCUAAUAUAUUUAUUUGUUGUUAUUGUUAACUUUUGCACCGGUUUGUUUGUGCGAUUUUUUAUUUCAAUUAUGAACAAUUCAAAAAGUGUUUCAUACCGCAAAUGUGGUGUGAAAUACCGUAAGAAUAGAAAUUCGCUACAUUCAGCUAAAUAUGUAAUUAGUCACUUCACGUUACCGAAGGACUCUGAAAGACGUGCGAUGUGGAUUGAGAAUGGUGUCCCCGAAGUGGCUGACAAAAACGUUGUCGUUAAAGAUUAUUUUGAAGACAAAAAUAUGGUCCUGAAUGUUAAUCGUAGAAACAGGUUAACGGAUAAUGCUGUCCCUACCCUCUUUAACGAUGUCAUAUCCCGGCCGCCAGGAACAGACUGCUGAUUCGAAUCAAUAGUAGUUUUAGAGAUUUAGGUCUUUUUUUUUAAGAUCAUUAAUGGGUGUAGGUUUUUGAAUCACCAGCAAAACGGAACAAAUGAUGUAAACUAUUUCAAACU